CUUCAAGCCAUGGCGCGUCAAAAGACUCAAAAGGCUGGACCCGCAGCAGCCCAGCCAUCACAGACGGGGAACCAUGAGAAUGAAGCCGAAGCUGGCGAAAUUGCCAUUCCGCAGUUUUUCAACACUACGUUUUCGACUCACCGCGUGUCUCCGCUCUUCAUCGGCGCCCAGAAGCUGGACCAGGCCCGCCUUGAUCGACUUGCUCAUCGGCUGCGAGAUACGCUGGUUGGGGAUGUGGUUCGUGGAGUGCAGAUUGGGUUGGAGGCCACAGACACGCCCAUGGGCCAGGUUGGGCCGCUGAAGGCCGUAACUUUCCGCUGGUUUCAGGCGGAGGAUAUUCUGGGCGACAAGGCUGAGAACUGGGCGGAGCUGUCGGAUGAGCAGAAGAGGGGGCUUUGGAUCGAGAUGCGGCAUGAGAACGCAGCUUAUGUCGCGCUCCUGCUGCCGGGCUUUUCGCCUGCGAAACUAUGGAAUAUGGGCUUUGAAACUCCGGAUAUGGGCGAGGCUGAUGGUAGCCAGUUCCUUCGCCUGCCUUUGCUGCUCCUUCGAAUGCCCCAAGCUCUCAAGGCUGUCAUCGGCGAAUGGCUGUCGACAACCUUUGAUUGCCGUGUCACCAAGCUCAACUUGGGGACUCGAACACUGGUCAGCGUUUUGGAAAGCUGGAUUCCGCAAACCGGAUUACCGCGAGCCGACUCGGAUCUUGUGUUGACUCUUGCCUUCAACGCACCCGUAACAGACCCGGGCCGAGAGGCUGUACUUCGACUGGACGGUGAUUUAGACGAAGACGAAGACGAAGUUGAAGCAACUGAGCCUGGGCUACGAUCUAUGGAAAUUAGCAUUUCGGCGUCAGACCUGCGCCGUUUCUUACGCGCCGGGAAAGCGCUGCAGAAAUCCAAGCAGACAACUUCGAAUACCGAUGCAGGCACCGCUUUAUGGGAGCGUGAUGAUCGAGAACGGCGCAGGCUCGCAGGCUCACACACAGACGACGGGUGGGGAUGGCUAAAGAACAAGGACGGCUCUGAAUAUCCCUUGAUGGAGGCUUUAGCGAGCCAUCUCAACCACCACAUGGCAUUGAAUCUGUUCCAUCCGGGUGUCCGUGUCAUCCAAGUGUCAUGCGGAGGGUUUGUCCUCUCGCAGUCUCGGGUCAAGAUUGUGAAGUCGGGCGACGUAACUGAUGACUUGUCCAGAGCAGCGUGGAUGUUUGUGACGCUGUUGGGAGAAAGAGUUCAGAGCGACGCGGUACCUUUGGGAACCUGACGGAUGCAAAUAUUCUCGACGAUGGAAAAGAAUUUUUGCAAGCGGCUUUACAGCCAACCAUUCCGAAAGUUUGAGAUUCCGCUGUUUCACUAUCACGCCGCGGCCGGUUCGACUGAAGGAAGCAUACGGGUUGAGCAUACCACCAAUAGUAGUGGCUGCUCUAUGUGCGUCACCAAGGCUUAUAUCAUCAUAGCAGGCCCAGAGACCUGGACCCUUGAUACCUGCUCUAUCAACGCUGAUCGGGCUAGAUAUCACGACAUAUACUGUUGUAGGGAGAUGGCAAGUUGGAUACCGGCUUGGUGAAGCCGACAGGAUAGACGGGCUUGUUGAUAUCCAUCUUGCAAGAUGCACUAUCUAGAUAUUGAAACGCGAGGGCAAGCUGCCGCCUCUGAGCUAUGACAGGUACUGGCAGUAGAAGGUACUUCGUAUGUGCUUGUAGCGCAGCAAAGACUAAUCUAUAAUAAUAUAUGCUGUGCGAAUAGCAUCACUUAUGAAUGAAGCUAUAUAGAGUACUAAUAUCUCACUAUCGCAAACAUAACAAGUCUUCUAUCUCACUCCAUAUAAUAGGCCAAGCUGCCAUGAUGGCUGGCUUUGAGUUGGUCCGAACUUGGUGAUGCACUGGGAUUGCACCAUUAUAUGCAGCCCACUGUCGGCUUGUUGCAUGGAUGCUAAUUUAGCUGCUGCCUACAUUUGGUAAAAUUCCAUACCAAUUUUGCCAUGGCAGCCUGUUUGU